AAAGAAGCGAGCUUACACUCCCAGGAAAAAAAGGCCACGAUAGAGCUGAAUUCAAUUAAGCAGAAAUGUUGAACGGCUCAAUUGCUUCUCCAGCUUCCUUAACUUUCCCUCCAAAACCCAAAUUUUCAAUCCAGAAAACUUCCUUUACCGGCGUCGGAAUCCGACAUUUAUGUCCCCAACGGUUGGCUUCUCAGACGACCUCGUCUCGAAAGCCAUCCGCUUCGUCGUCUUCGGUAAUGAUGGCGAAGCUAGAAGAAGAAAUGAAGGAAAUCAGAGCCAAAACGACUGAGGAAAUCAACGAUGAAGUGGUCGAGUUAAAAGGAGAGCUUUUGAUGCUUCGUCUUCAGAAAUCGGUUCGUAAUGAGUUCAAGUCCAGCGAAUUUGGGCGUAUGCGCAAAAGGAUUGCUCGCAUGCUUACCGUUAAACGGGAACGAGAGCUGGAGGAGGGCAUCAACAAGCGAUUGUCGAGAAAGUUGGAUAGGCAAUGGAAGAAAAGCAUUGUUGUUAAGCCACCCCCAUCUUUGAUCAAGUUGAGAGAGCAAGAGGCAGCAGAAGAAGCUGAGAAAUCCUCUGCUUGAAUGAACCACUCUUUUAGAUACUUUUAACAUUUUCAUCGCUUCCACUUUGUAUUUUUAGACCCAUUUUGUGCAUAAGAUCUUAUUGUUUCAAUGUUUUGAUUUCAACCUCAGAUUGUUUAUUACCUCUCAUGUUCUGAUUUUUACUAAGCUUUCAUUUUAUCAAGUGGUAGAAC